GAGAUACGAAAGGUACAGUGAGCGAAAUUAGGACCGUAUGAAUUAAAACAGUUUUUCGGGAUUUUUCAUUUUUUUCUGGUCUUCGUCUGUGCCACGUCAUUAUGAACGUGUCAAACCGCGUUCUAAGUUCUAUCUGCCCCUAUUUCGCCGCCGGCGGAUAUUAACGUUAAAUCUUUCCUUUCCCCACCCUUUUUCUAUAAACAUACGGAUUCAAAAUACGAAUACGCAUGCCAUACUAUUAUACACGUAGAAAUAAAAAAAAAAAACCAUUUUUAAUAGGAGCAUAUUUUAUCUAAUCUAAUCCAAUCUAAUCCAUCUCUUAUCGUCUUCUGUUCUUUUCCUUUUUUAUUCUAACAUUCUCUCUCUACAACUAAAAGCUUUGGCUCAUUUCGUUCUCUCUAUCUUUUAGGAAGUGGUGAAAUAAUGGAGGAGACAUGGAUAACCUUGUUCUUGUUGGUCCCCUUUGAUAUCUGUCUUUUGUUCCUGUCUAAAUAGAAAUCCUAAACCUACGCACCCUUUAUCCCUCUUAACCUUCGCAGCUUUUCUCUCGGCUUCCAAGCACUUUUUAGCAUACUUCUUUAUUAGCCUUUAACUUCCGAUUGAUGAUAGUAAGAACUCUCUGUAACACGAGGAGAAAGCGAAGACGAAGACCAAGAGGAGAAGGUUGAAGUUGUGAAUUGUGAAUCUGUUGACUCCGGUUUCGUAGUGGUAACUGGAAAAAAAAAUGGAGGUUUUUGUGGGUCCCACGUUUGGCAUCGAGGUUGCUGCUUCAACGUCUGUUAGAGACCGGCCUCGGGAGAAGAUUUCCCCCUCUUGCUUGUUUCUCAAGGAGGAGGAUGUUGGUGGCGACGAUCCCACCCACGGGUCGGAUCGCGGGUCUCCUGAUGUGUCCUCGGAGACUUCGUCCUCGAUCGGAUCUCCGGGAGAGAGCGAUGAUGAAGAGGAAGGGGGCGUCGUUUCAUCUGGAACAGGUGUAGAGUUGGCUUCUUUGGGUUCUCUAGAGGACUCUCUUCCCAUCAAGAGGGGAUUGUCGAAUCAUUAUGCAGGGAAAUCAAAGUCAUUUGCAAAUCUUUCAGAUAUAAGCACAGUGAAAGAUCUGCAGAAGGCAGAGAGCCCAUUCAACAAAAGGAGGAGGGUGCUGCUUGCAAACAAAUUGCACAUGAAGUCAUCUUUCUACUCUUGGCGAAACCCCAACUCCAUGCCCCUUCUUGCUUUGAAUGAAGACAAUGAAGAUGGAGAGGACAAAGAAACUCCAUCAUCUUCAUCAUCAUCAUCACCAUCACCAUCGUCAUCAUCAUCACUAAAUGAUAAACUUUUAUCAGUAGCAGCAACAAAACCAAAAUUGCAGCAAAGCAAACUUAAGGCCACUUUCAAGUCGCAGAGUUGUUUUUCUCUAGCAGAUCUGCAAGUAGAACAUCAAUAACACUCUUUGCUUUUAGCCUGAAAAUGCUUUAGGAUUUAGAUUAGUACCUGUUUUUUUCUUUUCCGUUGCUGCCCUUUUCUUCU